AUGUCGGAGAGCGCAAGCGAGUCUUCUGGCUGCCAGCAGCAGCAGAAGAGGCUUGAUCAGCAGCAAGAGCAGCAGCAGCAGCAGCAGCAGCAGGAGCUGCAGCAGGAGCAGCAGCAGGAAGAGCAGCAGGACGAGCAGCAGGAGGAGGAGCAGCAGCAGCAGCAGCACCUGCAGCAGCACCACCUGCAGCAGCUAGACCCCUCACGUGCUGUCUCUGGCCGUGGUAGCCGCAGCAGCAGCAGCAGCAGCACAGCAGCAGCAGCAGCAGCAGCAGCAGCAGCAGGUGCAGCAGCAGCAGCAGCAGCAUCAUAUCCUGCUGGCGUGUCUUUGGGUGUAGGCAAUGGUUUACUGAAUUCUGCGUUGCAGCAGCAGCAGCAGCUGCAGCAGCAGCAGCUGCAUCAUCAGCAGCUGCAUCAGCAGCAUCUGCAGCAGCACCAGCAACUGCAGCAGCAGCAACUGCAGCAGCACCAGCUGCAGCAACACCAGCAUCUGCAGCAGCAGCAGCUGCAGCAGCAUCAGCAGCAUUUGGGUGCUAUUUGUGCGAUUCCACAGCUGCAGCAGCAGCAACUGCAGCAGCACCAGCUGCAGCAGCACCAGCAUCUGCAGCAGCAGCAGCUGCAGCAGCAUCAGCAGCAUUUGGGUGCUAUUUGUGCGAUUCCUGCUGCAGUAUCUACACAGCAGCAAGUGCAGCAACAAGUGCUGCAGCAGGGUUAG